AGAUAUUGGAAUAGAGGUAACAAUCGUGUACACAUAGGACAUGUACAUCAGCAUUAAUCUCUUGGUUUGAAAUGGAAUCUCAACAUAUCAGUUUUGCUGUCUGUGUCCAGAUAUAUAAGAAGUGACCAAAUACUUUCUUUGCAAGACCAACACAUCUGUUAUCGAUCCUUGAAGAUGAAGAGUUAAUCUCAUGCCAGCUGGAAAUGUAUUUUGUGUCUGAAAUGAAGUUUUCUGUUGUAACUCAGUGAAAUCCACUGGAACCGGGGUGCUGAGAACACACUCACAGCCUACCCGCAGACAGUCCAGUGAGUUCACAGUGGGGAGAGGCCAUUCACCCACUCUGUGUGAGGGAGGGGAACUACUCAGUCAUCCAGCCUGAAGAUACAUUAGCAAGUUCACAGCACAGAGUGAUACUCCACCUGUUCUGACUGUGGGAAGCAAUUCAAUCUAUCAUCAAGGCUGAAGAUAUAUCCAAAAAUACACCAGUGAGGGGAUAUUGACCUGCUUGGACGGUGGGAAGGGAAAACUGUGACACCAGCAGGUUCACACACAGCCAUUCACCUGCUCUGUGUGGGAAAAGAUUCAUUCAAUCACCUCGACUGAACGAACACCAGCAAGUUCAUUCUGAGAAGAUGCCGUUCACCUGUUCCGACUGUGGGAAGGGAUUCACUCGCUCAUCCGCACCACAGAGACAACAGCAAGUUCACACUGGGGAGAGGCUAUUCACCUGUUCCGACUGUGGGAAGGGAUUCACUCACUCAUCCGCACCACAGAGACAACAGCGAGUUCACACUGGGGAGAGGCCAUUCACCUGUUCCGACUGUGGGGAGGGAUUCACUCGCUCAUCCGCACUACAGAGACAACAGCGAGUUCACUCUGGGGAGAGGCCAUUCACGUGCUUAGACUGUGGGAAGGGAUUCACUCAGUCAUCUCACCUACUGACACACCAGUCAGUUCACACUGGGGAGUGGCCAUUCACAUGCUCUGAAUGUCGGAAGGGAUUCACUCAGUUAUCCACCCUUGUGAAGCACUACCAGAUUCACACCAGGGAGAGGCCAUUCACCUGCUCAGACUGUGGGAAGGGAUUCACUCAGUCAGCACACCUACUGAGACACCAGUUAGUCCACACAAGGCAGAGGCCUUUCACAUGCUCUGAAUGUGGGAAGAAAUUCACUUGGUCUUCUCAACUGAAGGUACACCAGCGAGUUCACACUGGGGAGAAGCCAUUCAGCUGCUCAGACUGUGGGAAAGAAUUCACACAAUCGUCUGACUUGAAAAUGCAUCAACGAAUUCACACUGGGGAGAGGCUGUCCACCUGCUCAGAUUGUGGGAAAGGUUUCACUCGGUCAUGCAUGCUACAGAGACACCACAUAAUCCAAGCCUACGCACCAACAAAUGAUGGGGACGAACAGGAUAACAACAAGUUUUAUGAAGAUCGCGACAGGGCAAUGUAA